AUGGACUUCAUGUGCUUACCUAGGAAGAAGACUGAAAUGCAUACUCUAGUCAAAAAGAAGUAUGAGUGUACCAGUUCAGGCCUUGGGAAGAAGGGGAGGAAAAAGGAGGCUUAUUUUAGUUAUAUGGGGGAAAUCCUAAAGCAAACCCACCCAGACUUCAGUGGAUGCUCAUGGGUCUUGGAUGCUCUGGGUUCUCUGGCAGGUUGGCGACUGGAACAGAUUAGCCUGGAGGCAACUAGGCCGUCCUUUGACAACCACAGAAAAGCUGUCACUGGCAGACAGCUUCUUGAAGCAGUCAAGCAGAGAUCCUCUCUGAAGAGCUUUCGGAUAAAUGAAGUGUUUCUGAAUGGCCCUGUUGUUGGAAAUGAUUGCACUUGCCCCCCAAAAUUGGAUGCGUCAGAGGGCUGGGUUGGAGGCAAUGUAUCUAAGAAGUACUGGCUACAAUAG